UCUUACUUUGAAGCUCGCAAGUUGUUCAACUUUUUCCACGACCAGCACUUCAGUGGUACUUUCUUGAUUAGGUGUAUGCGCUCCGUUCUGUCGCACGAUGCCUUGGAUCUGACCUGUGAUCACAUUGACGCAGGAUGGCUCCUUUUGGAAAAAACUUUCUGAAAGCGCGUUUGAAGAACAGGUCUAAGGUUGUAGAGGAGACACCAGGGAAGGAAAUCCAGGUGCUUGUGUGUCACGAAGAAAAAGUAGUCUGUGGUGUGACCAAGCACACAACCUGUGCAGAUGUAGUUAAGGCUUUAUUGGAGGACCACAAGACUGUACCAGAGAGUAAGAGGCUCUUAGAUGGGGAACCUAAAGACUUCUGCAUCCUGGAACGGUGGAAGGGUUUUGAGAGAGCACUGCCACCUCUUACUCGGAUCCUUCGGCUAUGGAAUGCUUGGGGCGAUGAGAGACCUUUCAUACAGUUUGUCCUCAUGAAGACCAGUGACUUUCUGCCAUCAUCCAAGGGAGCCAAGAGGGCCUUGAAGUCUCGGGGAGGGAGGUCCAAGAGAUGGGACCAAGGACCUGCACAGUACGCCAAGACGGUGUCUACGGAGAAGCAGAAGCGCAUGGUGAAGAAGGCCUUCCGUAAAUUAGAGAAGAUCCAGAAAGGAGAGACAUCCGAGGGCUCAGAGGAGAUCAAUAAGCUUGUAUGGUUGAUCAUCUCCCAGGAUCAGACCAUCAGGCAGCAGAUUCACCAGAUGCGUGAGAUAGACUUGGAGAUUGAACAUGCAGAGGAACAACAGAGUAACAGCCCCACGCCUCGCUCCAGCAUCACCGAGAGUGAUGACGGCCAAUCGCUGUCCAUGUCCCAAUUUGACAACCAGCUUCAGGAGUACCUGUACACCAGUGAUGGAAUCGAGCAACUAGAACUACAUGUUUCCAGGCACCAAGAACUCAUUGACCAGCUCUCUCAAGAUAUUGACUUAGAGCUGAGGAACUGGACUUCAGAUUUGGAGGAUUUAAAAGGAGCAGCAGCUGCUUGUCCAGAACUAGAGCUGGAACCCAACCUCUCAUUGUCCUCCUCAGAUCUCGUAGAGCUGGAAAGCUUACGCAAAGAACUAGAGGCAAGCAUGAGAGCUGGGCUUUCCCUCCAUGUCCAAAUGCAGGAUAUCGAGAAGGAACUGCAGCAGAACAAAACAGACCUGCAGUCCCAGAACCAGGAAUACCAGCAUUUAGUUGCCCAACUCAGUGAGCUUGAGCUGGGGGCCUGUCUGGACCAGCCUAGCCUUGUAUCUCUGAAGAGCCAGAUCAGGGCCACUGUCUCUCAGCAGACAGUAGGCAAGGUAAGACAGACAUGCUCCCCUACAGAUGCAACAGACACAGACUCCGACACUGGAAUAAGCUCUACUCACAGUCAGGACUCACUGUCGCCCUGUGUGGACAGGUCGCCGCCUCUGGACACUGAUGUUUGAAGCUUAGGAUUAAUUGUGUUUUUAAUACAUACAUGUGCUCAAUGACUCCAACAACGAAACACACAGCUUAAAAGGAUAUUUCACCAAA